AACAAAAAUGCCAUACGGCCGCCCCCCGCCGGUCCUCCUCAUCUCGACUCUCGUCCCCAUCUCCCUCCUUCUCAUCCUCAACCCUCUCCUUCCACUCGUCGGUUCUCAUCUCCCCCCAACCGUUGCCGGGGUCUUGCCAAAGUCUCUGCUUGCGGAUGGCCCGCCGACUUUACCUGCCCUCCAGGCGAGUAUUGGGUUCGCGAUACUAGCCUUUGUGGGAGGGGUAUGGGUAGUGCCAAGAGUGGGAGAGGCGUUCAUCGACAAGGGCCUGCGGGGCAGAGAUCUUUUGAAGCCUGGGGGCAGAGAGAGCGGGCCUUGGAUACCAGAGAGCUUGGGUCUCCCAUGUGCAAGCUUGUAUAUCGCUCUGAUGAUGCUGUUCAUCCCUUUCCCGUUCUCCCAUCUAUUCCAAGGAGGCACCCUGGAAGUGUUCCCUCAGCGCGAACUGACGUUAUACCUAUCAUCUCUCCUCUCACUUCUGACGGCGACCCUCCUAGGCUUCAUCGACGACCUGUUUGAUAUCAGAUGGCGACACAAGCUGCCUAUCCCCAUCGUUGCCGCUGUCCCAACGCUCCUGGUGUAUUACUCUGUAGGAGGCGUGACGAAUGUCGUGCUUCCCAUGAGUGUUGCUGGAUGGGCCAAGAGUGUAGGAGAACUGGUCGGGCUGGGUGACUGGGUUACAAGCGGAGGCAUAGUACAUCUCGGCCCUAUAUACUACGUCUACCUCGUCCUCCUGCCCACAUUCACCACCAACUCGAUCAAUAUUCUCGCCGGCAUUAACGGCGUCGAAGUCCUUCAAGCCUUCCUCAUCGCCCUCUCCGUCAUCCUGAACGACCUGUUAUACCUGCCCAUCUGGUCCCCUACCCUCCUCACCUGGUUGGGUGUCACUGGGAAAGGUGUCUCAGAGGGACGUCUUCUCGAAUGGGCGUUGGGAGAAGUGGUGGAUCGGCAUUUGAUGAGUCUGUAUUUCAUGGGCCCCAUGGCGGGGAUCUGUACUGGGUUUUUGUGGCAUAACUGGUAUCCCGCCGCUGCAUUCCCCGGAGACACAUUUUGCUACUUUACAGGCAUGGCAUUCUCCGCCGUCGCCAUUCAGGGACACUUUUCCAAGACCCUCAUCCUCUUCUUCAUCCCUCAAAUAUUCAACUUUAUCCUGUCUUGCCCGCAGUUGUUCGGUCUGGUGCCUUGUCCCAGGCAUAGACUUCCUUCGUUUGACAAGGAUACCGACCUACUCCAUCCCUCACGCGCGACAUUCGACCAGCCCCCUCCCGCCAAGACAGCCAUCACCCUCCGCAUCCUCGAGACGUUGCACCUCGUUCAUCUCGAGUACACCCCGCCAUCACCCGACAAGCCACAAUAUAUCAAAUCCACCUCCAACCUCACCCUCAUCAACUUUUUGCUCGUGCUCUUUGGGCCUAUGAGGGAGCCGACGCUGUGUACCUUGGUCGGGGGGGUGCAAGUGCUGGGUAGUGCCAUCGCAUUUGGGAUCAGGUACGGGGUUGGGAGUUGGUUUUAUGGAGGCGAGAGACGGUGAUAUAUACUCCCGUUUAUGUAUAGUAAUGUGCACUUGGACAUCGCCAUUAG